AUGGCGCCGGCCAGCAGUGCAGCAGUAAACAGCAAUGGGCUAUUCAAAGUGCCGGCCGCGCCACCGCCACCGCCGCCGCCGCGACCGCCUCAGCCAGUUCACACUGCCAGUUCGGUUGCGAAGUCAGCAAAGGUCGGCAAGCAGCAUGUUGUUCCUGCGGCAAGACCCCCCACCAUUACCAACAACAAGACUCCAGCAAACGCCGCCGCCACCCGCGGCCCAAAGUACAAGAGGAACCCAAUGUUCCUCCAGCUGAUGGACUUCAUGGGCACGGCGCCGGCCACGGAGAGCAAGUGCAUGGAGCAGGUGCUGCUGCUGCUGCGCCUCUUCAUCAACUGCGGCAAGCUGCCCGACUCGACGCUGAAGAAGGGCUUCGAGUUUCUCGGCCGCCCGCUGGCGCCCUGCGUCCGCCAGGCGGGCGACACCGACCAGUGCAGCCGCAUUACCAUCUACUGUCGCUGUGUGGCCAUCCGGACGCUGGCCGCCAUGAAGAGCAUCGUCAUCGGCCCGGCCACCGACCCGACGACGCUGGCUGGCUCUUCGCAGCGCUUCCUAGUGGACUCAACGCUGGCCGAACACCGGGUCCUCGUCGGGCCGCAAAGCAAAGCCUUCUUCUGGGAGAAGAAGGCCAAGGAGGUGGCCUUUCAUCUGCGCUCCCUGUACCGAGUCGAGGUGGAGGUGGAAAACGAAACAGCCGAUGAAGUGGAAAUGGACAAUGCCGCAGUGGAGUCGCAAAAUGAGCCGUCGCUGAAACAGCAGCAACAGAAAGGAUCUUCUUUUGAAUCCUCCUCUUUUUUCUCCCCCUCUUUUGCAUCUUCCUCGUCUGUUGCUGUUGAUAUAAGUCUUGUCAAGAAUCCUCAGCCUGAACUUGGUGUUGGUGUUAACUAUAUGGAUAUGGAUUGCGGUGCUGGGGAGUUUAAUAGCUAUUCGGACAACGAUGAUGAUGGCGACAACAACAACAACAACUUUGUUAGACGCCUUGAUCCGUUUCUUCUUCCUAGUACCGAUCAACUUCAAAAAGCCAACAAGAAGAUGCAUUUUUGCGGCGAGAAUGCGUCCAGCCAGGACACAUCCGCAGUUCCGCUGAACAAUGGCGGCAACAUGGACAUUGAAGAUGAUGACGACGAGCCAAUCCGAUUUGUUGCUCAAGGACUAAAACAGCAGAAAAAACAGCAAAAACUGAAACAUCUCAAUGAUAUCAGAGAACUUGAGCAGCAGCAAAAUCUGGAGCAUUCCGCCAAACAGGUGAUUAAAACAGGAAACCAGGCCACUAGCAACUAUGUUCCAAAAUUCGAUUUUUUUGGUCCUUUGAGCGCAGUGAAAAAGGCCAAAAAGUAUCUGGGUAUGGAAAAGGUACGAAAAAUAGAACAAGAAGAAAGAGAAAAUUCAGAGCGAAAGAGAAAAGAAGAUGAAUUAGCUAAACAGGCUAGUAAAAAGUUGAUGAAAACCAGUUCAGCCAAGAGUCCAGCUCAAACUCCUGUUUUAGCGACAGGUGGGGAAGUCAAGCAAAGUCGGCUGCCAGAGUCUGCAAAACACAGUGUCAGUAACAACACGUCAGCUAGCGGCUCACCAUCACCAUUACCAUCAACACCAGUGCCUCCAGUGCAGCGAACUUCACUAAAGCUCCGUUUGCGAAAAAUGAUAUCCAGCGACGGCAAUGAUGAGGUGUACUCUUCAGAGCACAUUGAGAACUUGAGUUAUGUCGCAAAGUCUGCUGAUGAUUACAACAAGGAAACUAAAGUGAGAACUGAAGCUGUAACAGCAUCCACAGAAAAGAAGUCAAAAUGCUAUCGGAAAGUUGAUCUUUCACAGCACAACACUGCCUCAGCAAAGGUUCCUCUCACGACCACUAUUAAGCGAGUCUAUGACAGUGAUGACAAUGAUGACCCUGAUAAACCAGAUGACAAUGACAACAACAUCAAUGCUGACGACAACGAAACUGUGGACACCGGGGACAGUUUUAGCAAAUCUUCUGCAAACGAUUUUGCUAGCACCUCAGUUGACAAUGCAGCCUCGAUCACUGAGACAGCUGCCAAAAGUGCUGAUGCCGAGAACGCAAAUGCAAAAUUAUUAGCAAAUGAACUCGUUUCAACUGAAAUCUCCGUUUUUCAUUCUGCAAGCACCUCAGCUGAUAAUGCUACUUCAAGCUUUGUUGUUAAAAAUGCUGAUGCAAACAGCGGAGAAAAGAAGGUGGCUACAAACGACAAUGAAACCAGUCAAUUUCCUAAAACUCAACCAUCUACCAGCACCUCAGCUGACGACCAAGUACUGAAUACUACUGCCACUAAGAACAAAAAUGGUCUGCUGACAUCGGAAGAAGGGGCAGCCAACAAUGCGCCCGUUCAAAAACGAAAGCGAGGUCGUCCACGUAAGGAUGAACAGACAAAGGCGGCAGAUCUGCAGAAGAGGCAGCAGGCUAAAGCGGAAGCGGAAAUUGCUGCAGCAACUGCUACUGAUAGUACUGAGGCCGCCGUUGACCCAAACCGACGAAUGUCCGCUCGACGAAAGGCAGUGCCCGAAAAGGCUGUUUCCGAAAUGGUCAAACCGACGACGCCUAAAACGACGCCUUCUUUUACUUCGACUGUGACGUCAGCACCUGCAGUGGAUGGCGUCGUUUUGGUCAAACGAAAACGUGGUCGCCCGCCCAAAUAUCCUCGACCGGAAGUGCCGCAACCCGUUGCCAAAACUGCCAUUGAAAGCCAGGUAGAGUCAACGCCUGCAUCAGCUGAAACGGCAGCAUCGGAAGGUGAUCUGGCGGAAAAGCUGAACGAAUCUGAAGGACAGCUGGACAAACUGCAAAAGUUGCCAGUAAGCGCAGCGGAAGACGAUGUUGCUGAGAAAGUAAACAGCUCUAAAGAGCAAGCAAAAUCAGCAGCUGUUUCGGAACAAACAGCCGAAAAUGACGCUGUUGAAAAGUUAAACAGCAGUGAAGAGGUAAAGUUGGAAUCAAAGAUGCCAGCACGGAACACAACAACAGACGAUGAUGUUGCUGUUGCUUCUGAGAAACUGUUGAGCAGUACUAAAAGCACGGCUCCUUCUAAAUCACCACCAACUCUGGAACCAGUCGUUGCCAGCUCAACAAAGUUUUACUGCCUUGGAAGCGCUAAAAAGCAGUGGUUAUCUUCCACACUGCAGAAUUUGAAUGAAAUUGAAGUUUCAGAAAGCGAUCACGACAGCCAGCAGUCACAGGCAACCGAGUCAGUGGCAAUCACAACAAUUAGAAAGAGUCUCCGAAAAAAAGCUUCUCGUCAGUUUUCUUCAGCUGAAAAACAGUCAAAGCCAUUAGAGGUACUUUCUGAUGAUGUGCAGACUGACCAGCCUACAACCUCUACUGCCGUUAAUGAAAAAGAAAUAGUGAAGGAAGCAGUUGUUGAAAAAGAGGUAGUGGAGCAAAAUGUAAAUGACAAACCUGAACGAGAAUUUCUGGAAAUCUGCUCUAAUGAAGUUGAGCAAGUUGCAGGAGGGGAAUCUCCUAAAACAGCAAAAGUUGCCGCACCUUUAACCGAAAAAAACGACAAUGUUACACAGUCUAAUCAAGGAGAAAGGGCAAAUGAAAACCUCGUUUCAGCAAAACGGAAAUCUCCAGAAUCAGAUGCAGAAAGUGAUGCCAGCUUGAGCUUUUCAACUCGACGCAGCCUACGCUCAGUUAAAUCCACCGACUACCGCUCAAUGAACAAUGGACAACUUUCAAGUUUUCCUGAAAAGGAAUAUCAUGUUGCACAAGCACAUCCGUUUGAAGCACCAUUUGAACCUUGCCGAUCCGGCUCCUUGGAAGUGUUUCUGGUGUCCUAG